CAUUUACCCCAUCUUGCCUCCCCAACGCCCUUUAACUGUUACAUCCAUUCCACUUGGGUAAAAUAUAGAAGCAGAACCAGUAAGAAAAUCUCUCUUAACCUAAACUGUCGGUCAUAAUCUCCCACCCACGUGUCCCUCGAUGCCCAACUCUCCAGACAACGUGGGACCUUUCCCGACCGUCGAUCACGCGCACAGCGCACCUCACCCUACCUCCUUCAAUCACACCAGUGCUGUUGUCUCCUCCCUCUCCCUCACUUCACUGGGAUCCUCUCUCUUUACUUCAAUUCCUCUUAAGAACAUUCAUCCUUGGCCGCCAAACAUCGCUGUUAAACCUUAUCUGUCACAGACCCCCAAACACCAUUGCUAUAUAACCAUGGUCUCCCCCGACCCGUCCUCCCACACCCAACCAAUGCCGAAGUCCUCUCUCAAAGCCAAAGCCUCCUCAUGGCUCACCGACAGCUUCCUCUUUCUCGGCGGCGCAUUUCUCGCUCUUUUGCUACUCCUCACUAUAUAUUCCUUCAUAUACCCCAACUCCACUCCCCCCUCCAAUUUCGGGCGUACUGUCACUAUACCCAGCUCCAGUCCGGGUCGACAUUCCGACCCGGGUCCGGAUUUGCACUCCGACCCGCCCGACCGUAGCUUCUACGACGACCCGGAGCUGACUUACACUAUUGGGAAGCCCGUGAAAAAGUGGGACGAGAAAAGACGCCAGUGGCUAAUGCUUCACCCUUCGUUCCGGGCCGGAGCCGUUGACCGGGUUCUGAUGGUGACGGGGUCGCAGCCGGCGGCGUGUAGGAAUCCCGUCGGCGAUCAUCUGCUGCUGAGGUUCUUCAAGAACAAAGUGGACUACUGCAGGAUCCACGGCCACGAUUUGUUCUACAACAACGCCUUCAUGCACCCGGAGAUGAAAACCUACUGGGCCAAGAUUCCGGUCAUCCGGGCCGCCAUGGUGGCCCACCCGGAGGCGGAGUGGAUCUGGUGGGUCGACUCGGACGCGUUGUUCACCGACAUGGACUUCAAGCUGCCGCUGCACAAGUACAGGGAGCACAACCUCGUCGUGCACGGCUGGGCGCACCUGAUUCUGGACACGCACAGCUGGACGGGGCUGAACGCCGGCGUGUUUCUGAUCAGGAACUGCCAGUGGUCCAUGGAGUUUCUAGAAGCCUGGGCCGCGAUGGGCCCACAGACGCCGGAGUACGAGAAAUGGGGGGAGAAGCUUAGGGCGACUUUUAAGGACAAGGCCUUCCCGGAGUCGGACGAUCAGACGGGGCUGGCGUACUUGAUUUACAAAGAGAACGAGAAAUGGGCGGACAGGAUUUACUUAGAGAGCGACUACUAUUUCGAGGGCUACUGGGCCGAGAUCGUCGGGAACCUCGAGAACAUCACCGAGAAGUACACGGAGAUAGAGAGGAGGCAAGGGGACGGCGACGUGGCUAGGCUGAGGAGGCGACACGCGGAGAAAGUGAGCGAGCAAUACGGUGCGUUUAGGGAGGAGUUUCUGAAGGACGCGGGAACUGGGUACGGUGCGGGCAGCUGGAGGAGGCCUUUCGUCACGCACUUCACAGGAUGCCAACCCUGCAGUGGGGCCCACAAUCAGAUGUAUUCCAGGACGUCGUGCGGGGACGGCAUGCAAAAGGCGUUGAUGUUCGCCGAUAAUCAGGUGCUUCGUAAAUAUGGGUUCGUGCACCGGGCUGCAGCGGAAGGGUCUCUCCGGCCGUUGCCGUUUAACUACCCGGUGGUGUCGGUGUCGUAAAGGUCGUUUUUUGGUUCAUCGUGAUCACAUAGAAAG